ACCAUAGCUUUCACCACCUUUCGUCCGCAUCUGCCGCUUCUUCUUUUGCGGCUUUCCUGCCACGGCCACGUCAGUUGUUAAUCGGUGUCCCAGUCAGUUGCUUACAGAUUCUAAUGGUGGUCGCUGGCAGGAGCCGUUUCGCUUAGUGCCUUUCCUUCGCUUGACGGUGUGACCUCGACUUUUGUGUGGCAUUCUCACCUCACCCUCCUCUGUCGUUCCUUAGUUGUCGGCUAGUGCAGGGAAGUAAUUUCGUCCAUAGUAAGCAGUCCUGCGUCCCGCUUAGUUAAGUUGCAGAAUUCAGAUCCAAAGUGACGCUUGAAGCUGCUCUUAGCUAAGUUACUCCGUCCGUAGCUAAGUUAUUUCGUCUCCGACUCAGUCUGAUACGCCAAUGCUACGGCAAGCCUGUUAUCGUGGCUGUUACAAUUCACCUGCCGAACGUUGACAGCAGGACUUUUCUUCACCUGAGCAGUUUCCAGAUCAUUUUCAGAUUCACGUUCACAGCAAUCUGAGAUUGAACUCCAGAUCGUUUUCAGGUUCACGUUCACAGCAGGCUGAAAUUGAACUCCAGAUCGUUUUCAGGUUGGUCGCCAUGGUAGAAUUGGCGGACGCGAGCUGCUCUGAGUGGGACGACGACUGCUCCAAUCACUGCUCAAAUGCACUACCAGAGGGCUCUCCAGCGGGUAACUCUUCACCGGAAGACCCUUCAGCAGAAAGCUCUUCAGCAGCCGAGAGCCAUUCAGACUGCAAAUCCCUGAUUUCCGGGGCUUUAGGGGGAUCGGCGGUAGGAUCGGCGGUAGGGUCGGCGGGGGGAGCGGAGGGUGUAGUUUCGCCGAUAGUCCCGGAGUGUCCGGUGUGCUUGGAGCUGUACGAUCAGGAGCAGCGCGUUCCGCGGUUGGUCGCGUGCGGGCACACCAUCUGCCAAGCGUGCGCCCGGAAUCUCCCUCUGACCCGGGAUUUUUUCGGGAAGAAAUGCAUCAGCUGCCCGGAGUGCCGGUGCCUGGUCGUAUGGAAGGGCCUCGCAAGCAUGCCCAAGAACUUCGCCCUCCUUCGCCUCAUCGCCGACGCAAAAGACUGUCCGAGAGAAAAACGAGCCGCCACUCAAGCCAUGGAAGUCUGUCGAACCAGACUAGGCUCCAAACAGAUGGUUUUUCAAAUCGCGGAUCUGCUCUCCGUGGUUUCCGUACUUUUCGGGAUUCUUCUAGGGAUGUGCGUUUUCGUCCCGCUCUGCUGCGUGUAUCUCGCUCUGGGUUGGAGCAUUGCCGCUCUGACGUUCCUCGCAUUCUCGAUUCUUUCAACGGCAGCCGUUGGAUUCGCUGCUGCUGGGCUCUUCUCCCUGCUCUCGUACAAAACCCUCAAGUUUCUAAACGUCUGCUCGUGACUGGGUGACUUCUGUGGUCUGUGCGACUGCCAUGUGUCACCAUUGUUAUCUAUAUAAGUUAUGUAUUGCGAUUUGAGAUUUGUCUGGUCUUGCCUCUUCCAUUCACUCUU